UUCUCCCCACAGUGAGCGCGGUUGAGCAGGGAAAGCAUCAGCAGCAUCAGCAUCAGCAGCAUCCGGCGCUCAGCCUCACUCAGCUCUCACUCCUGGGGGUGCUUGGCCCCCUUUUAAACCAUGGCAGCCGAGGACCGAUCGAUGGCCCAUUGCUGAGGAAGGGGUGAGAAAUGGAGUCUCUGUUUGGGGGGGAGCUUGGCCUGCUAGGAGGCAGCGAGGGUCUGAAGGAGGAUGGCUGUGGAGUGGGCUGGGCCGGAUCGCCCUCACCAGAGGACAUGUACUCAGCCUCCCACUUCGCCCUCAUCAGAGCCUACCAGGACAUCAAGACCCGGCUGGCCGGCCUGGAGAGAGAGAACACUGACAUAAAGAGGAAACUCAAGAUCUACGAGAUAAAGUUUCCAAUGAUCAGUGACUUCGGUGAGGACAGGAAUUCAUACUGCUCUUUCGAGCCCAAAGACACGGCCCUGCUUCAGUCAGAGAAUGGCAAUCUACAGCAAAGAAUCAACAUCCUUACUCACGAGCUUCAGAAGAGUAAGGAGAGAGAGGAACAGCUGGAAGAUGUCAUUCAAGCUUAUGAGAAGAUCCACAUGGAGAAGACCAAUCUCCAAAGAGACCUAGACAAGAUGACGUCUCUGGUAGAGAAGCACGUGGAGCGGAUCCACAGUCUGGAGGGUGCACUGAGGCAGCGGGACAGUUCGCUACACAAACUCAACACACAGUUGCACAGCAAAGACAUGCAGUACCUGCAACUACAUGCCAGUCCAGAUACACACAGGCUGGACUGUCCAGCUUUGACCCUUCAGAGCUCCCGUAGUCUGGAUACUCUCUCUGAUCUCAAACUGCAGCAGUUGGAAGCGGAGCUUGAAGGGGCACGGCAUGAGGCUCAGGGGGCGUGUCAGAGGGAGGAGGAGCUAAAAGCUGAGUGUGAGAGGCUGCAGGAAGAGUUAAGAGAACUUCAGAAUAACCAGAGACAACAGGAGGUGAGCUCCAGCUGUGCCCAGUGUGACGUGGAGUGGAUAAAGAAGGUGGGAGAUGAACAGGUGAAUCUGGCCCUGGCCUACACAGAGCUGACUGAGGAACUUGGCAAGCUGCAGGCGCUCAGUGCCAAACAGACAGAAAUCCUGAGGAAAGCCUCACAAGAGCAGGCCAGUCCAGUUCAGCGCCAUUCUCCAGUUCCUCACCAGAGGCAUUCGCCUGUUCCUCAGCGCCAUUCUCCCAUUCAGCAGCGCCAUUCUCCUAUCCAGCAGCGGCACUCCCCUGUGCCCCAGCGGCGCUCACCGGUGCUGCAACGCCUCUCCCCUGACAUGCACCGCCGUUCGCCCCUGCCUGAUAUCAGUGAUGGCCCUGCCUCCUACUCCUGCAGGCCAACUAGUCACCACCUGAGGGCUAGCUUUCAAGGGCGCCGCAGCUACUCAGAGGUGGCUGACCCAUCUGCCUACCAGCGGCCUCCUCGCUUCACACUGGACCCCGUCUCCACCCUGCCAAAACCACGACCCUACGUAGAGAGCUACCACAAGCAGCAGGCUCAGCAGCAAUCACAGCAGCAGCAGCAACAACACAGCGGCAGCCCACAUAUUCUAGCCCAGAGACGAGGCUCACAGCCUGGGCUUCAGGCUGUGGGAGGAGAAGGGGGUCUAGUUGAAUCCCCAAGACACUCCAGGGAGCUCUCUUUCCAGCACCCAGAAUUGUCCCAUCUGCAUUAUGAGUCCCAGCCAAGCCCAACACCACUCCACACAGCCCCCCAGCCGCCCCACUCCUCAGAAGAUGAGGAGGAGUGGACCUGCCCCCACCCCAUCAGUCCCCCACGGACACUGGGUGCCUCUGGCCCCGCGUCUACCAUGAGAGGCCCUGCCUCCUGCUCCGCCUUCCCCAUUCCAGCACGCCCCAACACUCUGAGCCACCCGCCUGGAUACCUGCAUGCAGAACAUGCCCAAUCCUGGCCUUCUAUUAAUCUGUGGAUGGAGACUGAGGAAGAGAGUGAUGUCAGGAGCUGCCCGCUGUGCCAAGUGAUCUUCCCUGUCGGUUACCCUGACGAUGCCCUAAUCAAGCACAUCGACUCGCACCUGGAGAACAGCAAGAUCUAACACCCCGACCAUAGUCACACCCCAACACUCUCCUUUAGAUCUACACCAAGACUCAUUAACAGCUCUUAUAAGCUUAGCUGGAUGCCUUGAAAGUGAGACAAGAGUAGGCCAGGGAGGUUUAGGCAUGCUGAGGCCUGCCUAAGUCCUGAUAAAAUGAGGAUUAUUGCAAAGUUGUAAAAUCAGAGCAGAUGUACAGCAUGCAGUGUAUGUGCUGAUGAGUCGCUGAGAGACAUUCUGAGAAGGUUUUAAGGCUCCUUCCAAGCAUAAUGUAAUCACAAUCUUUUUUAUUUUGAGAUAGUACACUCCUUUUCUUUGGCAGAGCCAUGUGUACAUAGGUGACAUUCAAGCAUAGGUGUUCUGUUGCAGACUGACUGUCCUUGGAGCCAACAGAACUGUCAUAAUGCAUAUAAACUACACCCAUGAUCCUGCUUUACUUAUUCUGCCACUGUAAAUCCAAAUGGUCAGGGUCUAAACACUUUUGUGUAACACUUUUCAUAAGCUGUUCAAAACCAUAGUUAUUAGUGUAGCGUAGUGGGUAAUACCACUCUAUACAUUGAAAAAAAUGGUUCAUGAUUCAAAUGUGUGGUUGCACACAAAUAGAAUGUUACAUCAACACAAUUGCUUUCUUAUUCAUUUUGGCAAUAACUGUGUUCAUGAUAUACAUUUUAUUCAUUUGCAACCACAAGACCGUAAAUUUCAAAGUGUCACUUUUUUCAGAGUAUCAGUAAGAGUCCUUGGGCAAGACUAACACCAAUGCUACUUUUGCCUGCAUCUAUAACAUGAUUUAAAUUUUAAGUCACUCUCGAUAAAAGUGUCUUCCGAAUGUAAACGUUCCCCUUGUUGAGAACAAACUGGGGGAGCUUGACUGCAACAUCAAAUAAAAGCAGUGAUUAUUUUUGAAAAUAAGUGAUCUUUUCUUUAACACUGGUGUUUAUUUGAUGUGGCAAGCCUUCCCCUGUCUGUUCUCAUGUAGGGGAACAAUCUGAGGUGAUUAGUAACUAGGUACAUUUUCUCACUUAGAUGUACUCCAGUAAAAUCUUUAUGAAUUUCUAGUACUGAAUCCUGAUAUUAGUCAUUGACACUUAGUUACUAAUUGCUUUUUUAUGUUUAACAUCAUUACUCAUUACACUGGCAACAGUAUGUGUACUGCUUUAUGAUUGGACAUAGCUCUGAUCUUUGAGCUCUGUUUAUUUUGUUUAAUACCAAAAUGAGAAGUAUAGAGUCUUCAAAACAGCAGUUCCUAUGCUGAUAGAACCUAGAUGUUUAACUGCAGUUCUCUAAGUUACUUAGUACUGAAGUUUUUUGACUUGCUGCUUCAGCGCUUUCUCAGGUGUUUUUUUUUCUUCUAAUGUACUUUUACAUUUACCUGACUGCCAUAACGAUACUUUCACUGGGUUAUGAGUUUUGGCUACUCUACCCACCUCUGAUAACAGCUCAGCUGAACACUGUGACACAUUUUAAAAAGUGUUAUGGAAAAAUGCUUAGACCCUUAAAGCUUGGAUUUACGCUAUAGACAUGACCCUUACAGGUGCUUACAGGGUCUAUGUAGUUAGUUCAUAUUAUUUGCUGAGUGAUUGUUUGAAGACUCACUGAUUGUAGUCAAGAGGGUGUCCUGCAGGGCGGGGCAUCGCGGCCAUGGUCUGGGAAUGGGAAUAUGAGGUACAUGGCCAAUGGCUGUAUUUGUAAGUGGAUAUAAAUAUCGUUUGAAUUUCAGCACUUUAUACAAACCCUUAAUAUCCAGUUUACCUUUACAAGUAUUACUAACACUGAGGCAAAAAAGGACCUAUAGAUAUUGUUUAUUUUUUAAUAUUCCCUAAUGUCUAUCUGAAUGACAUCUUAGUUUGGUAGAACUUCCCUUUAACAAAGUUAUACACAUAUAUCUGUAAGUAUAUGUAAACUCACAAUUGCAUCUCCACUGUUUGUCUUCCUGUGUGAGAAGAAAAAAAUCUUUCAAUGAGCAAGCUUAAGAAACAUCUUGACUGAAUAUCCAGUAAGUGAUUUAAACCACUUCCAGCAAACACACUUUAUCUUCAUUGGAUUCUAAUGAAAAGAAAGUGAUGUGGGUGCUGAUUAUCUAACAAGGCUAACCCUGUGAUCUGCAUAGACUGCUCAGGCGGCCUACUUACUACACAAAUGUUGUUUUCAGCUGAAAACAACAUUUUGACUGAACCAUACGGGUAGAUACCAUUGAUCUAUUUGAGAUGCACUUGAUGAGACAAUAGAGGUUCUGACCAAAUUUCAAAACACAUUUAGCAAAAAUGCUUCAAUGUAUGUACUGUAAAUGUACCUGACCUGUAUUUAAAACCAGUUAAGUGUAUUAACUUGUAAAACUACUAUGUAUAUAGAUAGAUAUUUUGAGAGAUCAAAGGAAAUCAAAAGGUUAAGAUACAAAGGAAAAUAUUGGAGUUGCAAAUGAAUAAUCCCACGUUUUGCUGUAAUACUGUACUUGAGGCCACAUGACAAGAAUGAAGCAGACCAUUUUAAUUAGCUACCUUUCCAGCUACUGUUUCUUGUGUUUACCCUGCACUGUACUGUGAACUCUCCUUUGCUAGCUACUCGCUGUCCGAUUUUAUGGCCCUUGUGAGCAGUCAGGGCACUUAAUAUCCCAGUGACCCAAAUAACGAGCUACCAAAGAGGGAAAGUAGCACAAAAUGGUCACAUCAUUAAUGUCCCCAGUGCUAAAUUACAUAGCCAAAUAUAGCUAGGAGCAGACAAAAUCUUUACGCUGGCUGUCAGAUAGCUGGGGUAGAAGUUUCUGAUCUAAACUAAUAGCAUACUGAAUGGUAAAUGAUGAAAGGCAGCUUUACAUUCUGAUGGUCUGAAGUUGAAAGUUCAUAUUAUACAUCGUAGUUCAAUUCUUGACAUCAAAAGUCUAAUACUGACAGCUAUGGGUGUCUGGGUAAUUUGGGGAUUUAGACAUGCAGUAUACAAUAAUCAACCAAAGACAGCUUUGGAAAGAUGUUUUAAAAUCAGGUAUAUAUAUAUAUAUAUAUAUAUAUAUAUAUAUAUAUAUAUAUGUGUGUGUGUAUGAAAAGGAUGCACCAAGUACAAAAUAAGCAUAACAUGCUCACAUGUAGAAGUGAAGGUUCGCAUAUAGAAGCCUAAACUACGUUGCUAAAACAAGGAUCUUGUGGCUAUGACGUGCAGACCAGUUCAAAUACAGUGAUUACUGCAUAAUCACACACUAGUGCACAUGACACAUUUACAUUUUGAAUCAGUCUAGCACCCUUUUCCACUGAACUAUAAUGCAGAAACAAAGCAACACUUACGCCACUAUUCACAAAGAGUUCACUCAGGAGUUAUUUAAAGAGCUAUUGCUGAUGUUUCUCUUCCUCAGACCCUACUUCUCAGAAAAAGGUCAGCCCUCUGUGGAUCUUCUCCUAGUGGUUUCUCUUUCAGCCUGUUGUUUGGUGUGUGACUACCUUGUGAUAUUCUUAAAUAACUCAGGGGAUAAAGCUUUGUGAAUAUGGCUACUGUACCGUGCACUGCUUCAAACCUCCACAGGGACAGUGUGAUAACUCGCCAAAUCAGAUAGAACACUAAUGAGGGGUAACCACAGAAAUAUUUUGUGAUAGCAAUGAGGGACCCCCGCCGCAAAAAAAAAAAAAAAAAAAAAAAAAAAA